CCCCGAGGGCUGCAGUACCUGCGCUCAGCUCUAAAGAGUCAUUGCUAGCUGUUCCGCUUGCUGGUUGCUGUUCUCAGCCAUGGCUCCUCGCUGCUGGCGCUGGUGGCGUUGGUCCGCGUGGCCUGGGGUUCGGCCGCAUCCCUCCAGGAGCACUCCGACCCCAGGUUUCUGCCGGCACUUCUCCACAAAGGAGAAGACCCCUCAGAUCUGUGUGGUUGGCAGUGGCCCAGCUGGCUUCUACACAGCCCAACACUUGUUAAAGCACCACACCCAGGCCCACAUAGACAUCUACGAGAAGCAGCUCGUGCCCUUUGGCCUGGUGCGCUUCGGUGUGGCACCUGACCACCCUGAAGUAAAGAAUGUCAUCAACACGUUUACACAGACAGCCCGCUCAGACCGCUGUGCCUUCCGGGGCAAUGUGGUGGUGGGCAGGGACGUGUCGGUUCCAGAGCUUCGGGAAGCCUACCAUGCUGUGGUGCUGAGUUAUGGAGCAGAGGACCACCAACGCCUGGAAAUUCCUGGCGAGGAGCUGCCUGGAGUGGUCUCAGCCCGAGCCUUUGUGGGCUGGUACAAUGGGCUUCCUGAGAACCAGGAGCUGGCGCCGGAUCUGAGCUGUGACACAGCCGUGAUUCUGGGACAGGGGAAUGUGGCCCUGGAUGUGGCCCGGAUCCUGCUGACCCCACCUGAGCACCUGGAGAAAACAGACAUCACAGAGGCUGCAUUACGGGUCCUGAGGCAGAGUCGGGUGAAGACCGUGUGGAUAGUAGGCCGGCGUGGACCCCUGCAAGUAGCCUUCACCAUUAAGGAGCUUCGGGAGAUGAUUCAGUUGCCAGGAACCCAGCCCAUUUUGGAUCCUUCGGAUUUCUUGGGCCUCCAGGACAGAAUUAAGGAUGUCCCUCGUCCAAGGAAGCGACUGACAGAACUCCUGCUUCGGACAGCCACAGAGAAGCCAGGAGCGGAAGAGGCUGCCCGCCAGGCCCUGGCCUCCCGGGCCUGGGGCCUCCGCUUUUUCCGAAGUCCCCAGGAGGUGCUACCCACCCCAGAUGGUCGACAGGUAGCAGGCAUCCGCCUGGCAGUUACCAGUCUGGAGAGUUCUGGAGAGUCCACUCGGGCAGUACCCACAGGAGAUGUGGAGGACCUCCCUUGCGGGCUGCUGCUGAGCAGCGUUGGAUACAAGAGUCGCCCCAUCGACCCCAGCGUGCCCUUUGACCCCAAGCUUGGAGUCAUCCCCAACAUAGAGGGCCGGGUUGUGAAUGUUCCAGGACUCUACUGCAGUGGCUGGGUGAAGAGGGGACCCACAGGUGUCAUCACCACAACCAUGACGGACAGCUUCCUCACCAGCCAAGUGCUGCUGGAGGACCUGAAGGCGGGGCUGCUGCCCUCUGGCCCCAGACCUGGCUAUACUGCCAUUCAAUCCCUGCUUAACAGUCGAGGGGUCCGGCCAGUCUCUUUCUCAGACUGGGAGAAGCUGGAUGCUGAGGAAGUAUCUCGAGGCCAGGGCACUGGGAAACCGAGGGAGAAGUUGGUGGAUCGAAAAGAGAUGCUCCAGCUGCUGGGGCACUGAACCUGGACUCCAGCCCCUUACGUGCAAGAGAAGAUCUGGGCAAGAGGAGGGGCCUGAGGCAAUCUGGGUUGGACCUUCCUCCCAUCACAGUGCUGACUGCCCUGGCUUGGAGGCCGAGCUGUGGCCUUUCCAGGGGCCUCUGAGCUCUGCCUUCUCAAGCUGACCGCCCAGUGUGGGCUUAGGCUGAGGAGGGAACCUGAAGCUAGGGAUGGAUGGAGGGACAGACUGACCCUACCCGUCCUGCUUCCUUCCUGAUGGGCAUUGGAGGGCCUCUAGAACGGAACACAGUAGAAAUAAAACACAGGUGCCUAAGA